ACGGAUCAGAGACUGAAUGAUUGUGUUUCUAGCGAUUAUUUUUACUGAUUGUGUUUCCUGAGUUUUUCUUCUUCCUUUUUCUCAUAUCAAGUAAUUUUCGCCAUGUCCAAAACCUCCACCACCGCCGCAACAACUGCGACAUCCAUUCCAGGCGCAAAACAACUCCCCAUCAUCGCAGUCAGCAACGAAGACGAGGCCAACAAGACCAAAUGGGCCUUCAAUGAAUCCGAACUUCUCAUAAUCGGCGCUGGAGUCGCCGGGUGCGCUUUGGCAGUUGCCUUUGGGAAACAAGGCCGUAAAGUCACCGUACUCGAAAGAUCGCUCAAGGAACCUGAUCGUAUCGUGGGCGAGUUGUUACAACCUGGUGGUGUGCAGGCACUUGAACAAUUGGGUCUGUUGGAUUGUCUGGAUGGGAUUGAUGCUGUUGAAGUGGAAGGGUACGAUGUGAUUUUCCACGGCACCGAAGUCGAGAUUCCAUACCCUGCGGAUAAAAAGACGGGGAUCAGUCCCAAGGGACGAAGUUUCCAUCAUGGUCGAUUUAUUAUGAAAUUACGAGAAGCCGCGCGAAACACGCCCAAUGUGACCAUAAUCGAAGCCACGGCAACAUCUUUGAUUAAGUCUCAAUCAGAAGUUAUCGGCGCAGAGGUCAGCGUUGAUGGCAAAUCGGAGAGUUUCAUUGCGCCAUUGACCAUCGUCGCGGACGGAUACGCCUCUAAAUUCCGCAAAGAUUACCACACACAUACACCAGAGGUCAAAUCAAGGUUCUGGGGUAUAGAGUUGAUUGACGCUAAACUGCCCAUGCCCCUUCACGGUCACGUCUUUAUCGGUGAUGGACCACCAGUUCUCAUGUAUCAGAUCGGAACACACGAAACGCGAGCCUUGAUUGAUAUACCUGACAAUCUGCCGUCAGCCUCGGUCGAAUAUGGUGGCGUGAAGAAUCAUAUGAAGAACGUCGUUCUACCAUCACUCCCCAAAGACGUACAACCGAGUUUCCUAGCCGCCGUUGAAAACGGCCGGUUAAGGUCAAUGCCCAACUCAUUCCUUCCUUCUACAACCAACAAGACUCGCGGAUUGAUUAUCAUCGGCGAUGCAUCCAACAUGCGCCAUCCAUUGACCGGUGGUGGUAUGACGGUGGCCUUUAAUGAUGUAGUGGUCCUACGAGAUCUCCUCAGUCCUGAGAAAGUGCCCUCAUUCAAAGAUGCGCCUUCAGUGACCAAGGCUAUGAAAACAUUCCACUGGGAGAGGAAAAAGACUGCGUCAACCAUCAACAUCCUAGCGCAAGCUCUAUACUCCUUAUUCGCCGCAAAUGAUCCAUACCUCAAAAUCCUCCAACGCGGCUGUUUCCGCUACUUUGAAAUGGGCAUGAUUGAAGCACCCUGCGGCAUGUUAGCAGGCCUCAUCAAACAACCCACCGUCCUAAUCCGACAUUUCUUCGCCGUCGCUUUCUUGUCUAUAUACAUGAAUUACGCAGAGACGCCGGUUUAUCUCUGGCCUCUUGCAUUUUGGCAGGGUUGUGCUGUUCUGUGGACGGCGUGUAAAGUUAUUAUGCCUUAUGUGUUUGCGGAGUUGAGGCGGUAAUCUUUGCGUCUUGAAAGGGAAAUAAAAGUGAAGUGAUCGAUAGACUAGAUGGUCAUCGGUAUGGCAUAGUGAUGUAAGAUACUGGGGUCGGUUUCCUUUUGUCAUUCGAUGCAGUCGAAAGAUUGUGUCUGAUUUUAUUCUGUAUAGACUUAUCUUCCUCUCAGUGUCUACUGUAUAUAAUUACUACCUAAUGAUAAUAUCACUCAACCAAAUCCAUUACUC